GCUUCGUCGGAGACGACGGGCAUCGGCUGCUGUUAGCGAUCGCGUUCGUAACUGAGGUGGACUUCGCGAACAUCAUCCUGGUCAGCAUCUGCAAGAGGAAUAAAUUCCGGUAUGCCUGUCGAGGCGACAGGUUCGGGGAUGUUAGUUGCGGCAGCUUCGGAAGCUUCAAAAACUGCCUCGUCCUGUACAUCAGCUUCGGCUUCGUCAGUUGCAAAUGCACGCGAGCCUUCGAACAGCCUGGCGGGGUUGGCAGCUGCUGCUUGGUGGGCACAAAAAACGGGCAAGGUUAGUCUUUGAUAGAAGAGACAAUCAUGUGAAGGGACGAUAUGGUUGGAACGAAGAUCCAAAAUCUUCCAUGCGUGCUACUGUUUUCGAUGCCGAGGUGUACCCCCCAUUUUGCUCGUUCGGAAAAUUUGCCGAGUGCUGCAGUUGGAGGACGAAACUGCACGACACACCCGAAAACUUGUAAAGGUUUGGUACUUCUCACUGUUCGUGUCCAAUGCAGGUGUGGAGAACUCCGGCAGGGACGUAGAAGAAAGAAGGUUGUGUAACUUCACGGCGUGGUCCAUCGCAUACGGCCAAAAGCGAGGAGGAAGAGCUGCCUGCGUCAGCAGAGCACGCAUCUUCUCUUUCAGAUGACUGCUUCCGUUUGAUGCCGAGGGUCUGAAGGUAUUCUGUGAAAGUGUUGCUCGUGUACUCCCCUGCACCAUUGCUCUGGAAUUCUUGCAGUUUCACGCCAGACUUUCUUUCAGCGACGGCGAGCCAUGCGACAAAGACGGAAUGGGCGAGAUAUCGAGCGGGAAGGUUUGCUGUCCAGACGUAGUGAGUAGAUGCUUCGAUGAAUGUUAUCACGUACUGCUCGUCUUUAGGACCUGCUUCAGGUAAGUUAAGAAUAUCGCUGUAGACUUUCUGCAUCAGUUUGUAACGUGUGGAGCCAGGAAAGUGACUUGGAAACAGAUCAUGGUGGAGGUGGAGUCCCUUGAAGAGCCUCGCAAGUGUUAUAAAAUGUUCGCCAAGCGUUGGCGCAUGCAUCGGCGGUACUGAACUCCCAGUUAUCCAGUGCGGGACCAAGUGCAAGGACGCGUUCAGAAUCUCUAGAAGUUCCCUGUGCUGCGAACUGAAGAACGGACAUGCCAUGUUGAGUGACGGCACGGCCGAGGAGCUGAGCCAUGGAGAGAAGAUAGAAGCCAAGUCCAGCGAUGAUAAGAACAUUGGUAUCGGACGACGAAGCGGGCGUUGGUUGGUGAUGAAGCUUGUCUCAGCGGAGCACAUGUGCCAACCGCAGCAGCUGUCGAGAUACCAAGUAUUUGGACCUGAAAUUAUUCGAGCAAGGUUAGCGUAAACUAGAGAGGAAUGAAAUAGAAAGGAAAUAUGGAAAGGGGAAAUUGGUGUAACGGGGUUGUACUCUCACACUUCCCCCCCUCAAAGCUGGGUGGUAGACGUAACACCCUGCUUAACAAGGUAGUCGCGAAGAGGACGACGGGCGUUACCCAUGUCGAGUUCACAGACGAAGCCUCAGAAAAGCAAGGUUGAAGCUUGGAUGGAAGUUGGCUGAUGUCGAGAUUAUGGUGUGGAUGACUGUAAUGAUAAGGGGUCAAGUGCUUGUGCUGAUGUUGGAUGUCCAAGAGGGCGCUUGUGUGGUCGAUGUACAAGAUGGUGGACGAUGGCGAUGAAAUCGGAAGCCAGUUGGACUGUGGCUGAACCAUGCGAGGGGUUGGAACCAUAAACGCGGAGCUGGUAACUUCCAGAAUCAGCGCCAAGUAGUUUCCCUCGGUGGUUGCUCAGGCAAGGAAUCUCAGCUGCGUAGAUAUCCCAUGGUGAUGGGUUAGGAUAUCUGGGAACGUUACGGGUAUUCCCAAGUAAUCCUCUCCCAUUUCCAAAUGAGCAUUGGUGACAGCCAAUCCAGUAUGACCUUAUGCGCUUCCAGUUUAGCACGGAGGCCAUUGGUAGGCAUCGGUGUCUGGGCGCACAUAUUGGGAUAGGUCUUCUGGUGCUAUCAUGUGUUGUCUUAUUCUGCCACUGUCCUUGAAGUAGCGUUGCAGUCGAAGACGUCUCGGCUACUCAGCAUCGGUGUUGAAGUCUGCUCCAUUUCGGCAAACAGGGGUGUUGUUGGAGAUACGCGGAGUCCACUGUCCGGAGUGGCGUCGGCGCUCCAUUCCACGCCUAUCUGCUUCCGUGGAGCUGGUGCUGGUGAUGGAUUGGUUGCGACGCAGGUUUUAUGACUUUAAGGAAAGCCAUAGGCCAUGAGGACUGUAUAUCGGUAGAGCACCGUGGUCCUCCCAUCCCCAUAAGAGCAAAUAUCUGAUGCUCUUGAGGGUAUAUGGCAUUGCCAUGUUGUUUCCUCGCAUAGUGGUAUCUCCUUCCCACUAGCUGGAAAUCAAUGUAGUGCCUGGCCGGGUCUUUACGAUCCACUGGAAUAUAAUCCAGCAUUAUAUCCAUUGAGCGGAGAAUCAUCCAUCAGGGUUUGGAUAUGAAUGUUGUGUCGAGUCUUCUGCUGCGGCGGCGGUGGCGGUUGCGACGAUGGCGACGGCGGCACCUGCUGCAGAGAAUUCUCUUAACUCAUACCGGUUGAAGGAGAAUCCAUCAACUCCCCCUUCCCAGUAGAGUGUUCCUGAUGGGUGUAACAGGCAGAAAUUUGCUUCUCCCCUCAAAGUAUCCACGGGUAGCAAUUCCUGGUAUGCUCAUCCGUGCCUCCGAUGUACGGUCGGUAGAGCGCGUGAUCGUGUUGUAGUAGUCCGCAUCUCCCUCAUUUGUUGACACCUCGUGUUCCUUGACGUUCUCCUGCAUCGUCGAAGUUACGUUGGUGCUUGUAACGCUUCGGCUUCUGGUAGAAUCGCCUCCAAUGCAUGUGCCGUAGGGUCGCUAGUGAACGAGUACUUGCCGGAUUAGAGGUUAAUUACUCCUCAAUCUGUCAAGCAUCGUGACGUGCACGGAAUUUUCUUCCACGCAGGUCAUUAACACCUGGAAUCGCGACGCAUGAUUGGUGUGUCGCCUCGUGAGGUCGAUGUUGAGACUUCUCCAAUCAAUCACCUCGGAUGGCUGAGAUUCUUGAUGAAAACGAAUUGUUCAGCUCCUGUUACGAAGUAGUGUCUCGCUGGCCUUGACGAGACGGGUUCACUGCGUCGUCGUUGCGUGCGAAAUCUGCUCCUUUGCAGCAACUUGAACUUGGGAGCAUUGCAAGAGAAAACGGCUACUUCUCUGCAAUCCCAUAACUUGUCGAUCAAUUUGUAUGAAAAAGUGUCUCGUGGAUGGAGAACAUGUCUUCACGCAGCUCCAUUGUUUUUCCUGGGUGAAGAUCCCGUCGUGUUGAUGUCGAUCUGUUUUUAACGAAGAUGACUUCGUCAAAAUAACUCGAUCGUUAUCGACACCAGUCAGAAGAUGCGUCGAUUGUGCAGUCGCUGGUACCGAAUGUUGUCUCCAUGAUGAUGAUUUCCCAUAGUGUAGUCUCUGCUGUAUUCGUGCCGUUGAUUCCGCACCGAUCCGACGAUCCACGUUCUCCUGUUGAUCCCGUAGUGUACGGACGCGGUUGACGUGAUCCAUGAUGUUCUCGUUUGUCAUCAUCUGCACACUUGUUAACUGCGAAAGAAUCUUACUCACUGUUAUUGUAUCUUUUGCCAUGUAAACCCCCUUCAAGUGGUUCCAUGCAGUUUCAGCUGGUGUAAAGCUUGAAUGAAACGAUCAGAUACCGAACUGCUCCUUCGGCGAUAGGUUCCGUACAAGUACUGUAUACGCACCGAGAGAGGCGUGCAAAAAACUCUGCUGAUCUAGUUGUGUUCCCACAACAGGAUAAGUAAACUCACCGGUGAAGAACGGCCAUAGCCCAGCGGACUGCGCCAGAAGCUCAAACUCGAAGGUCCAGGAGUAAAAAUCAACUCCAUUAAAAGGAGGACGCCCGAAGAUGUAAAAGGGAUGCUGCUGCUGCUGUGACUGUGGCUGCUGCGCAAAAGGUGCAGUCGAUGAAACCCCCGGAGUACAGACAGAAGGCGGAUUCUGCUGCUGCUGCUGCAUGCCGAUGUUCGCAUAAGCCGGUGGAAACGGUCCAGAGGCUGAGAGACCAGUGGCGGUCGUGGAGACAUGUACUCCAGUAGUUCCAGAACUAGAUCCAGUAGAUGGUGCUGGUGAUGCUCCAGUCAUUGUUGACAGUAGUCUU